AUGAAAAUACUGUUGUCCAGUAAUGUCACCUGGAAGAAAAAGACGGCGGGUCGCGAGACCGGGCGGUGCAUGUCGGUAGCGGCGAUGCAGGCGCUGCACCGGCUGCGCGAAUGCCGGCUGCUGUGUGACGCCGUAGUGCGCGCGGACGACGGCGCCGCCUUCCCAGUCCACCGCGCCAUACUCUCCGCCUGUAGCCCUUACUUCCUGGCACUAUUUACAACCACCUUGCACUCCCGUGAACAAAGUGACGUGCUGAUAUCGGGCGUGCGCUCUGAGAUUCUGCUGCUUCUGAUCGAGUACGCGUAUCUGCGGCGCAUUGACGUGACGGACGCAAAUGUGCACGAGCUCCUCAUGACCGCCGACUACCUCGCUUUCCUCGGCGUGCUGCAGUUGUGUUGUGACCAUCUACGUGCCUCACUCAAUCCGAGGAACUGUUUAGGGAUAAUGAUGUUUGCCAGACGGGUGUUCUGCUAUAAGUUGGAAGCUGAUGCCCGGCGCUACCUUUUACGGUAUUUCGUAAAAGUUGCAACGCAGAGUGACGAAUUCCUUCACCUACCAAUUGACGAGCUCAAUGCAAUCAUACUGGAAGAUGAACUGAACGUAAAGAGCGAAGAAGUUGUAUGGGACGCUGUACUCCGAUGGGUCAACUUUGAUUCUGAUCAGCGCUGGCAGCAUACCGUUAAGCUAAUGGGCAGUAUACGUUUGGGACUAUUAGAUACGCAAUUUUUUCUAGAGAACGUGAAAGAUCAUCCAUACGUCACCAGCAACGAGGGUUCGCGCCCAAUUAUCAUAGAAACACUAAAGUUUCUGUACGAUUUGGAAAUGAUUGCGCAGCGAGACGGAGAAGUCGCUACACCUGAGAUAGCUCGACCAAGAGUUCCUCAUGAGGUGUUGUUUGCCAUUGGAGGAUGGAGCGGUGGAUCGCCAACUGCAUUUAUUGAAACGUACGACACUCGUGCUGAUCGAUGGAUUAAGGUAGAAGAGGUUGACCCAGCUGGACCACGAGCAUAUCACGGCACUGCUGUACUCGGCUACUGUAUCUACGUCAUCGGCGGCUUCGACGGCAUGGACUAUUUCAACUCGUGCCGAUGUUUCGACGCUGUAAACAAAACUUGGCGGGAGGUUGCACCAAUGAACGCGCGUCGCUGCUACGUGUCGGUGGCUGUGCUGGGCGAGACGAUAUACGCGAUGGGCGGGUACGAUGGUCACCAUCGCCAAAACACGGCGGAACGUUUCAACCACCGUACCAACCAGUGGUCGUUGGUGGCGCCGAUGAACGCACAGCGUUCGGAUGCAAGCGCCGCCGCACUUGACAAUAAGAUAUACAUAACGGGUGGGUUCAACGGACAGGAGUGUAUGAACAGCGUGGAGGUUUACGAUCCUGACACCAACCAGUGGACGAAUCUUGCACCGAUGCGCUCACGUCGCUCCGGCGUCUCUUGCAUCGCGUACCACAACAAGAUUUACGUAAUAGGCGGUUUCAAUGGGAUCUCGCGUAUGUGCAGCGGUGAAGUGUAUGACCCCGCGACAAACACGUGGGCCCCGGUGCCAGACAUGUACAAUCCGCGCAGCAACUUCGCCAUUGAAGUCAUCGACGAUAUGAUCUUCGCGAUCGGUGGCUUCAACGGCGUCACCACCAUCUACCACGUCGAGUGCUACGAUGAGAAGACUAAUGAAUGGUACGAGGCCACUGACAUGAAUAUCUACCGUUCUGCGUUGUCCGCAUGCGUCAUCAUGGGUCUACCAAACGUGUAUGACUAUAUUCACAAGCACCGUGAGCGACUUAUGGAAGAGAAACGGCAGAAGAUACUGCUCUCAGAGACGGCGAGGCACGGUCAGCAUCGCACUCCGUUACCCGAUAUGCAUUUAAUGGAGGACAAUGAUGACAUGUUGGAGCAGCUCGGAUUGAUGGAACAUCAGGCCAACAACAACAACUUAGCAAUACCUCCACCACCUCCACCGCCCUUGCCACCGCAGCCAUUGGAACAGGACAGACACUAA